AUGCCAAUUAAUACGUCUGCAGUUCUUGGAGUGAUAAGCAUAGGUGGAGGUUUUAGACAGCUCGACGAAUUCACAUGCACUAUGGAAAUACCAACAAUCAACCAAAAAACAUACAAAAUUGAGCAUGAUCGUAUUUGUGACGGAUUUGAGGAAGCCGCGGUUAAUAGUAUGUAUGAAGCAGCUAAAACUGAAGCAGAGUUGGCUAUUGCGGCAGGAGAUGUAGAUGUAGAUGGAACGCCUCUAGUGGCAGUUGUAGCCGAUGGUAGCUGGUGUAAACGGUCAUAUAAGACAAUGUACAAUUCACCAUCUGGAAUGGCUGCAUUAGUCGGAUAUCGUACUAGAAAAGUAUUGUUUAUGGGUGUCAGAAAUAAGUUUUGUGCAAUUUGUGCCAGAACAAAGAGUGAAGAUGGGCCAAAAGAACACGUAUGUUUUAAAAAUUGGAAAAAUUCAGAUGGGUCGUCGGCCAUGGAAGCAUCAAUCGUUGUAGAAGGGUUUAAACAGAGUGAAUCAACUUAUGGAAUAAGGUAUCACAAAUUAAUCGCAGAUGGAGAUAGCAGUGUGUACAAGAAAAUUUUAGACGCCCGUCCUUAUAAGAAUUUAACAGUAGAAAAAGUAGAGUGUAGGAACCACCUAUUGAGGAACUUUUGUAAAAAAUUAAGGGACUUGUGUACCAAAAAAGAUGCAGGAAAACUUGAGCAUAGAAGAAUAUUGCAAAAAAAUAUUUUACGUUUAAGAAAAGGUGAACAUAGUAAAUGUGCAGAUUAUUUUUGUGAUACAGUCGAUGAUAUAAAUUUCGCUGAAAAAAUAAAAGCUACAGACCCCCUACUGUACUCGACUAUUAUGCAUCAUGUUCGUUAUUUGGCUAGGCAUAGUCGGAGCUUACUUCAAAACGUUGAUAGUAAUGUUGUCGAAUCGUUGAAUGGGAUUAUUGCAAAAUUAAUCGGCGGUAAAAGAAUUAAUUUUGCAAUGUCAAGAUCUUAUCAAGGCCGUUGUUCCGCCGCCACGCUCAUGAAAAAUACAAAACGUCCUUCCUAUAAUUUACACAAAACUUUACUUAAACGAAGUCCAGGUACGAAAAACCCAUCAUCAAUUCUUGAAACGCGUCGACUGAAGGAACGCAUUCGUCAAAAUGAAUUAAGAUCUAAUUCUUAUAGGAAAAAAAUAAAGUUUCAAAAUUGUGAUCUUGAUUCAGAAUAUGGUGACAAAUCUCAAAAACCUGAUAUGAAUGAUGAGCAGUAUAAUGAAGAAAAAGAAAAAAUAUUAAAAUCAAUACAGGAAAUGGCUGAUAAUCGAGAUCAAAUACAGAAAGAAACUAUAGAACAAAAUGCAUCUAGAAAAUGGUUUGAAUACAGAAGAAAUAUUAUAACGGCGUCAAAUUUUGGUCGUAUAAUUUGUUUACGUAUAGAUACUGGAUGUGAAGGAGUUUUGAAAAGUAUGUCGUAUUCAUCUGACGUUGACACAAAAUGUAUGGAAUAUGGCCGAGAACACGAGCAGACGGCAAGAUUAGCACUAGAAAAAUUGUUGGAUGUUAAAAUUUAUGAAAGUGGUUUAUUUAUCGAUAAAGAAAAUUACUUUUUAGGGGCAACUCCUGACGGUCUAAUAGAAAGUGAUACAUUGGUUGAGCUGAAAUGUCCUUUUUCAGCUGCUAAUUUAACACCCGAGGACGGAAUUCGGCAAAGAAAAAUUACAUUUUGGAAAAUAAAUAAAAGUAAAAACAUAUUUGAAAUAAAUACCAACCACAAAUACUACUAUCAACUUCAAGGUCAAUUACACGUAACUGGCAGAAAAUUUGGUAUAAUUGCAUAUUGGACGAAAAUGGGUAUUAAAUACGAAACAAUCGAACGUGAUGAUAAUUUUUGGAAAACUAUAAUGUUCCCUAAAUUAGAAAAGUUUUUUUUCAAUUGUCUUUUACCCGAAUUAGUUGACCCUAGACAUCCAAGAAGCAUGCCCAUUCGAAAUCCGUCUUACAUAUUGGAAGCAAAAGCAAACAAAAAAAUCAAGUAA